UUAGACCCUCAGACUAUAAGGGAUCCAAAUAGGCAUGAAAAAAGCCUGGGUUUACUGACCGAACGUUUCGUACAGCUCCUCAAGGAAGCACCUGAUGGCAUUCUGGAUCUUAAGAUGGCUGCAGACUUCCUUGCAGUUAGGCAAAAGCGUCGUAUUUAUGAUAUCACUAACGUUCUUGAAGGCAUUGGAUUGAUUGAAAAGCGAACAAAAAAUUCGAUUCAGUGGAAAGGCGGGAGUGCUGCUACAAACGGACCUGACAUACAAGCUCGUCUUGAUGAGCUUCAGGCUGAAGUUGAGUAUCUAGAAAACCUAGAAAAGCGUGUAGAACAGCAUGAACAGCAAGUUCUACAGUCUUUAAGAAACGUGCAGGAAGAUUUAGAAAAUGAACGCUUCUCAUUUGUUACUCAUCAAGAUCUCACAGAGAUUUUUCCUAAUAGUACGUUACUUGUGAUUCGUGCUCCAGAAGCAACGAGAAUAGAGACUAGCCUUCCUGAAAAUUCGUUGGCUCAACCAGUUCACUCUUUGUUCAGCCAUAAGCGAUCAUACAAGGUGAGCUUUGAAGCUUUUUAUCAAGUUAUGCUAAUACAAUCCACUCGUUAG